UUCGACCAAUCCUAAUGAUAUAGACGAUGAUAAUAUAGAGCCUGAUUAUGAUGACAAUGAUGACCAAAAUAACGAUGAUUAUGACGAUGAGCAGGAGGAGUUCAGUGAAUCUGCAGAAUCAGAUAAUAGUGAUGGGGAUGAAGAGAUUAAUGUGGAAGAUCCAAUUAGAAUGCUUUUCGAAAGAGUUUUUGUAAAUGACUCGUGGACAUGU